AUGUAUCGCAGCUCCAUUAAAUAAGCUACGGUCCGUGCUUUGGACCCCGGCUUUCCUUAGCGACGUCAUCCACCAUCAUGCAAAUUCCAGAUCCAACAAAUAUCAACUAUUACAUUACCAAUUCAACGACGUUCUAGUCUUCCAAUUUCCAUUGUUAACUUCUCUAAACACAAAGGGUUUAAUUUAUUAUAGACUUCCCCGAUUGCUGUAUCUUUAUCUUGUUAAUCACCAAGUAACUACCAGCCCAAUUCUUCUCCUUGGCCCUGAUUUAAUCCUCUUUGGUAAUCGUCAUACGCCGUGAAAAAGUCGAAGCCAUACAGUCACCAGUCUAAGCUUAUGAUUGGGUGUUUUCCCUCUAUAUGCUAGAAUAUAUCGCAUUUCUAGACUUACUAAACCGCAUUACGUGAAUACUAGUCGCGAGGCAACUAUACGAGACUGAGCUGUGGUAGUCUCUAGACUAUAUUAGACCAGAACACGGCCGUUUCGCUGUUUCGCGGUAUGGCAGAUAAAUACGUCAUUCAAGUCACUGCUGGGUCAGAUUACGACUUAGAUCAACAUGUCAUAGUGCCAGUUAACACGCACGAACCGAUUAAAAUUAGUAGCGAACUGAUCGACAUCGAUCUCAACGUUCGCGUGCAAAACUAUCGAGGUCUGCCAAGGAAUUCGCCUACUACGUCUCCUUAUUUCUCUCACGAACCACAUGCUUCCAGUAAGGAUCAAUACAGCAUAGCGAUUCGCUUUACCCCCAAGAGGCCAGCAAGUCCUCCUAGCUCAAAGACUACUUCUACCGACCCGUCCAGGUCUUCGUCUCCAGAAACCAGCGGGGAAGAUACCAGCGAAGAAUCGACAAAUGGCAUAUCUGGGGAAGACCUCCAAUUUGGAAAUGACUUUGAGCAUCCGAUCCGUGAUCGCCUCCCACCCGGCUUUAGCUAUGCUAUGAACAUUGUAAAAUGGUGGAUCGAUCCCGGUCUUGAGGGCGAUGCGUACGCGGAUCAGCCAUAUCUCUACGGAUCAGCCCUCUCAUCAUUUAAUUCCGUUCAUAUUGGCACAGGGGAGGUCAAUCCCGAAAAGGGCGGGUUAUGGUUCGAGGAAGGUGGCGAUGAAGACGGGUUGAAAGAGCGAGAGGCCAUCGGCGCUCCAGCAAUAGCGAAAGACCGCAUGAAGUGGGCUUUGAAGCCGGCAAACAAGAGCAAAUGGCUAUUCCAGUACGAUAAAACGUACUGCCUGGACUUUUUCAACCCGUAUUUGGACUUUAGCGAGUUCAGCCUGCGCUUACCGGGCUUCACUCUACCAAUCAUGAAGUAUUGGGACGGCCAGAGCCUACGGUCCAACCCGAAACGCUCACACACCCUUAGAUACACGUUACGAAACCGGUCGACUACCGACACCUACCUGGUCAUUGUGUUUACACUCUACCGGAAGGAAGACGUCAACGAGGAUGGGUCUCUAAAGCCGGCUGCGCUGGAAGCUGCCAAGCAGGGCAAGGAGAUAGCUAAGGAGGCGGGGAAAGCGGAAGCGGAAGCGGACACUGAAGACGUGAAUAAGGAUGAAGACUACCAAGAAGCUCGAAAGAAAUUCGAGAAGCUUAAUGUCAGCGACAAGGGUAGUGCCUCGCAGACUGGGGAUUAUGGGGUAGAUUAAACGGGACUCUGGCUUUUACCUAUUACAUACUAAUUAUUACAUACUCUUCUUCUACCAAUCAACAUUUCAAAACCCACGAUACAUAAUGAACUCUCAG